AUGGUUAAGCUUAUCGACAUGAUCAACCAAAAGUUGGAGCUCUACAGACUUGAGAAGCGAUAUAUCAAUAGUCGAAACCGUCGCAGCACAUUUGUCUCCGAUGCAGUAUAUGUAGAUGGCGAAUACUACUCUGCAAACAACACAUAUUCUGCAAACUGCACAGCAGGCGACGGAGACAGUGGAAGCAAUUCAUCCUCAUCGAAGGAAAGUAAACUUUCAAAAGAUACAACGGGAAAGACAAUGGCGUCAACGAGAUCGAAGAGAUCGAGUCUGAUGGAUUGGAGACGAGGAAGUGUAAGGGGGAAGCAUAGCGAUAGGGAAGGGGCGAAGGUUAGUGUAAGGGAGUUGAAUUGGGAUGGAAGCGUGAGAUCAUAA